AUAAGUUUUUAAAAAUCAUCAAACACGAAAUUUCAAGUUAAGGAUAUGAUGGCAUCAAAGGCAACACUUCUCAUUUUAUUCGCUAUUGUUCUUUCAUACACUUUGUUGGUGAGCAUUCCUCAAGCUGAAGCUCAGUUGAUUGUUCCAUGCAAGACAUCAGAACAAUGUAAAUCGAUUCGAUGUUCAACUGGAAGCGCGCAAUGUGUGAACAAACAAUGCCAAUGUCCAAGCCUCAGACAGAUUUAUUCGAUGAAGGCUAACACUAAUGUGUCGUGCAAGACGGCUUCUGAUUGUGAUGCUUCUCAUUUAUGCCCGGAUGGUUUAUAUGCUUGCAAUAAAGGAAAAUGUAUUUGUUUGCCUUAG